GAAACGAUAUGUCCAUCACGAUUCUGAUAUAAUAGCUUUUCACCUGAUCAAUGUGAUCCAGUGGCAUUCGUGUGUAAGCCAGAGUUCGCCACCUAGUUAUGGUCUCCUAGUAUCCUUUAGGAAAGUAGCCUGUAAGCCGAUGGCAGUAGCGACGCCAUGCUCAAGGCUCCCUAAUUUGGAUUCAAUUGUAUAAGUUCCAAUCAAUUUCUCAAGUACAGAGUUGCUCAUAUCUCAUUUGUUUCAAUCGCAGCCAUCUACCUUUACAAUCGUCUUCGAGUCUUCCGUGCAAGUUGCACCAAGAACCCAUUUUAGCUAAUUCUAAGUUCUUGUUCCCUUUAUUUUGACUUCCAUUGCUACUACUUUAGCCUUCACCUGCUUCAUUUUUUGAAUCCAGUUGCCAGUAUGGGCGGGAUUAAGGAUAUUAAUUUUAGGCCGGAGAGGGAUAUUCCUACUCUAACGGACAAGGUUAUCUUGGUCACUGGAGGCACAGCAGGACUAGGAAGCAAUACAGUCAGAGUUCUUGCAAAACACCACCCGUCACACAUUUACUUCACGGGACGUAAUGGCAAUGCAGCGUCAGCUCUUAUAGAAUCUAUCAAGAAGGAUAUCCCAUCAGCGGGCCUGACUUUUCUUCCUAUUGAUUUGUCUUCACUCUCAUCAAUCGCUGCCGGUAUCAAAAUGUUCAAGCAUGAUCGUCUCGAUAUUUUCAUGGGAAAUGCAGGUAUCAUGGCCGUGCCAGCUGCUCUCAGCAAAGACGGAUACGAAAUCCAGUUCGCAACAAAUCAUCUCGGCAACGCUGCCGUUCUCCAUCAUUUACUACCAAUCAUGCUCAAAACUGCUGAGCUUCCUAGCUCCGACGUACGAAUUGUACUGAAUACCUCCUUGGGGUGGAAAUUUCGUCCGAGUCAAGGCAUUGUCUUCGAUAAAUUAAAAACAACCCAGGAGGAUCUACCCUUUGGGACGUGGAGCCGCUAUGGACAAAGCAAGGUAGCCAACAUACUGUAUGUAGCAGAGCUUGCUCGUCGUUAUCCGCAGAUAACGUCUGUAGCGGUUCAUCCAGGAGUCAUCAAUACGGGGCUAGUCUCGAAUCUAUCUUUUUGGCAUAAAUGGUUUGUCUAUGUUACUACUGUAAGCCAAACUAUAUCAGUUGAGCAAGGCAUUAUGAAUCAAACAUGGGCUGCCGCGGGAGCAAAAAAGGAUGAGCUGGCUAAUGGCGCAUUUUACAUGCCGGUGGGUGUUGAGAGCAAUUCAACGUUGGACACAACGGCAAAAGAUUUAAAAUUGGCAAAGGAAUUAUGGGAAUGGACCGAGAAAGCUUUGGUGGAUUGAUUGGGAAUUUAUUUGGAAUAAGCCUUCA